AUGCCACCGGCCAACAAAAUCUUGACCGGUGAUCGGCGUAAAUGUGGCGACCGGACCGGACCGUUCGAUGCUUCACAUGCUCAAAAGCCAGAGCCUAAACGUGGAUUUACACCAGAAACCGUCGCAGGACAGGGCUGCCAUAUUGUCCUGCCGCCCUGUCCAGCCGGGCAGGGCGAUAUAUUUUUUUAUUAUGUGAGUAUGUGCGGAGAUGGUGCAAACGAUUGUGGUGCUUUAAAAGCAGCUCAUGCUGGUAUUUCACUAUCCACUGCCGAUGCUUCUGUAGCAAGUCCGUUUACAUCAAAAACUCCUACAAUUGAGUGUGUACCGACAGUUAUUCGUGAAGGUCGAGCUGCCCUUGUUACAUCGUUUGGUGUAGUAAAAUAUAUGGUUGCAUACAGUUUAACACAAUUUAUGUCUGUUAUUAUGCUUUAUACGAUUGGUAAUAAUUUAACGGAUCCAGAAUUUUUAUACAUCGAUUUAGGUUUGAUAACGUUAUUAGUACUCUUGUUUAGUCGUACAGCAUCCUAUCCGUUUUUGGAUCCAAAACCUCCUCGAACAAAAUUGAUAUCAUGGAAACCACUUGUAUCGAUUAUUGGUCAAUUAUCUAUAUGUAUAGCAUUUCAAGCUUUUAUAUUUAUCUACAUUCAAAAAUUACCAUGGUACGAGGCGUACGAAUUUAAUACGGAAAAAGAUUAUCGGUCUUAUAUUAAUACAGCUGUAUUUUGCCUGUCAACUUAUCAAUACAUUUGGGAAUCUAUUAUUUUCUCGCGUGGAAAACCAUAUCGACAAUCAAUAUUCUCAAAUUGGUUAUUUUUGGCUUCUAUUAUUAUAUGUUUUACAUUUAAUACAAUAUUAUUACUCUCGCCAGGAAUUGAACCACUUUGGAACAUUAUUCAACUACGAAUGUUUCCCGAUUUCAACUUCAAGCUAUUGAUACUUGGCUUGACAAUACUGAACUUUUUGCUCAUGUUUCUAUUUGAGGAAUAUUUUAUUGAAAAUGAUCAUAUAAGUUUUAAACGACAUCAAAAUGAUAGUAAUAUGAUGUCUUCUGUUGAUAAUGAUUAUACAAGAAAUAUUCGUUCUGAUCUGCACUACGUUCGAAUUGAACAUCAAAUUCGUCAGACACCAAAUUGGCCUCCGAUUAUUACUAAUGCUGAAGACAGAACAAUUAAUUCGAUUGUCACCAGAACACAUGAUAUAACGAAUAAUAAUCAUCAUGACAAUAACUCGAUAGCUAUUGAUGAUUCUUUUGGAAGUACAAAUCAUUUAAUUACUACAACAGUAGGAAAUAUUCAACGAUCAGGGUCUACGCCUAACAAUGAUCUUUAUUCAAUCCAUCUUUGA